AUGGUUUUGAAAAUCGGAUCGGAUAACGAACAGGAAGAAGGAGAGGUUCACGUUGCCACAGACAAAUCGGAGCACCAACAGAGGAGCUGCAGAGACGAAGGAGGAGGAGCGAAGGAGAGGAGCGGCUUCGGGAGUUACGGCAUUACGGGAGUAGGAGAAAAAGAAGCUAGAUUAAAAAAUCAGUUGAAUUUUGACACACCUAUGUCUGAUGCAUCGAAAUAUAGGUACAGGAAAAGGUUUAAUGUGUUAUCUUCAGCUUCCUAUUGGUUAUCACAGAUUAAACUUUCUGAGUCGGCUUCGAUGCACUCAGUUUUGAUAGGUUUUUUCAUGCUUUCCCUUGAGUCAGGAGUUGAGCCUCUGCAUCGAAUUCGUGAAGAACUAAGGUCAUAUGUCCUAAAGUACAAGCUUCUAGAUGGACUAGAAAACAUCACAAAGGAUAUGUUCAAUACUUACAAGAUACAAGAUCUUAAGAAGCCACAGAAAUUGGAGAAUGAUUCUCAAUUACCAGAUCAUGUAGCCUUAAACUUGGGUGAGGUUCAUAAGAACACUACAAAUCUUCAUACGGCUCACUGAAUACUUUCUAUCUUGCUAUUCCUGUUACAGUAUAUCAAGCUCAUCAUGUCAAUAGUUAUCAAAAUAUUGUGUGCGUAAGAUUUUUUUUUCUGUCACACACUUUUCCAUUGUGAUGUUGAAAAAGACUUUUUUUCUGAUGAUUUUCUUGUCAA